UCGGCGGCGGCGACUCCCUCGCGGCGCAGCGGGAGCUGCUGCUGGCCGGCGUCCUCUCGCCAUGGGCGAUAACCUGGAAAAUGCCGUUCGAAUGUUUGAAGCCCACAUGCAGAGCUACAAGGGCCAUGAUCCACUUGGUGAAUGGGAAAGUUACAUUCGGUGGGUAGAAAAGAACUUUCCUGAAAAUAAGAAAUACUUGACAACUUUAUUAGAAAAUUUAAUGAAGGAAUUUUUAGAUAAGAAGAGAUACCACAAUGACCCAAGAUUCAUCAAUUAUUGUUUAAAAUUUGCUGAAUACAACAAUGACUGUCAUCAGUUUUUUGAGUUUCUGUACAACCAUGGGAUCGGGACCUUGUCCUCUCCACUGUACAUAGCCUGGGCUGGCCAUCUGGAAAGCCAAGGAAAGCUGCAGCAUGCCAGCGCUGUUUUUCGGAGAGGAAUUCAAAAUCAGGCCGAACCUAGCGAGCUGCUGCAACAGCAGUACAGGUUGUUUCAGACACGCCUCACCAAAACCCAUUUGCCAGCUCAAGCUGGAACCUCAGAACCUCUACGUAAUAGUCAGAUUUUAAACCAAAUGAUGACAUCAAAAUCAAAUCCGGGAAAUAACGCAGCCUGCAUUUCUAAGAAUCAGGGUUCAGAACUUUCUGGAGUGGUAUCUUCAGCUUGUGAUAAAGAGUCAAAUAUGGAACAAAGGGUGAUCAUGAUUUCUAAAUCAGGAUAUUCUGUACCCCCAUCUUUGGCAGCCAAAGCUGAUGUUCAGCAGGUUGUUAUGUAUUGCAAAGAGAAGCUUAUUCGUGGAGAUUCAGAAUUUUCCUUUGAAGAACUGAGAGCCCAGAAAUAUAAUCAACGGAGAAAGCAUGAACAAUGGGUAAAUGAAGACAGACAUUAUAUGAAAAAGAAAGAAGCAAAUGCUUUUGAAGAACAACUGUUAAAACAGAAGCUAGACGAACUUCAUAAGAAGCUGCAUCAAGUGGCAGAGCCGUCCCCUGAGAACCGGACAGCUUUCCAGGAAAGCUCUGAGGUUAAUCCAGCACAUGUGGGGCCAAGUGUAGGCUCCCAGAAGGAACUGAGAGCUCCAUCUCUUCCAGCCGUCAGUCAGCAGACCUCAGAGAACGUGGGAGAGAAACCCAGAGAGGCAACUCCUGGUGUUCCUCUUAUGGCGAAUGCUGGCACUGUUGCUUUGGCGUCCCCGUCUGUCAGCCAGAGUGUCGCUCCUCCCGUUCCUUUGACAGCCCAGCCAGUGACAGACUCUGUGUUUGCAGCGGCCACAAAAGCUGCCAGAUGUGUGAAUAAAAGUACUCAUGAACUUAAGCCACAGAGUGGAGCAGAGAUAAAAGAAGGAUGUGAAACACAUAAGGCUGUUAACACAAGUUCUUUUCAUACAACUCCAAACACAUCACUGGGAACGGUUCAGGCAACACCAUCCAAAGUGCAGCCGUCGCCCACCGUGCACACGAAAGAGGCCUUAGGUUUCAUCAUGAAUAUGUUUCAGGCUCCUACACUUCCUGAUAUUUCUGAUGACAAAGAUGAAUGGCCAUCUCUCGAUCAAAAUGAAGAUGCAUUUGAAGCCCAGUUUCAAAAAAAUGCAAGGUCUUCUGGGGCUUGGGGAGUCAAUAAGAUUAUCUCUUCUUUGUCAUCUGCUUUUCCUGUGUUUGAUGAUGGAAACAAGGAAAAUUAUGGAUUACCACAGCCCAAAAGUAAACCCACAGGAGCCAGGACCUUUGGAGAACGCUCUGUAAGCAGACUUCCUUCAAAACCAAAGGAAGUACCUCACGCUGAAGAGUUUUCGGAUGAUUCAACCGUGUGGGGUAUCCGCUGCAACAAAACCCUGGCUCCCAGUCCGAAGAGUCCAGGAGACUUCACAUCCGCUGCACAGCUGGCGUCCACACCCUUCCACAAACUUGUGGUGGACUCAGUGCACGCUGUAGAAGAUAAAGAAAAUGUGGUAGCAAAACAGUGUACCCGUGUUGUGACUUUGGAUUCUUGUCAAGAAAACAUGGUGGAACCCUUAAAAGACAGAAAGCUGAGCCUAAUUCGGGAGAAAAGCCCAGAACCAGCGUUCCCCACGGACGGAUCUGCGGCAUCCUUGCUCCGUUUGAGCCAGCCUGUUGCAAGUGAUGUGCUGACCAGCGAGGCAGAGCGGGGCCUUAAGGCUUGUAAACUCACGGACAUUGACCUUGCCGUUGCAGAGGAUCCAGCAGACGCUAGCACUGGGCUCCAAGCAGAACGGAUACAGACUAGUUCCCUUGGGAAUGUCAAUGCUCCAAACUCCACUGUUGAGAAUCCGUGGGAUGACAAAUUAAUUCUCAGACUUUUAUCUGGGCUUUCUAAACCAGUGAGUUCCUAUCCAAAUACUUUUGAAUGGCAAUGUAAACUUCCAGCCAUCAAGCCCAAGACUGAAUUGCAAUUGGGUUCUUUGCUGGUCUAUGUUGAUCACCUUCUUGGAGAAGGGGCUUUUGCCCAAGUCUAUGAAGUUACCCAUGGAGAUGUGAAUGACACGAAAAAUAAACAGAAGUUUGUUUUAAAGGUCCAGAAGCCUGCCAAUCCCUGGGAGUUCUACAUUGGGACCCAACUGAUGGAGAGACUAAAGCCAAGUGUGCAACAUAUGUUCAUCAAAUUUUAUUCAGCCCACUUUUUCCAGAAUGGCAGUGUAUUGGUAGGAGAUCUCUACAGCUAUGGAACAUUACUAAAUGCCAUUAAUCUCUAUAAAAAUACCCCUGAAAAGGUGAUGCCUCAGGCUCUAGUUCUCUCUUUUACUAUCACAAUGCUCCACAUGAUGGAACAAGUCCAUGGUUGCGAGAUCGUUCACGGAGACAUCAAGCCAGACAACUUCAUACUUGGAAACAGAUUUUUGGAACAGGACAGCGAAGAUGAUGAUUUAUUUGCUGGCUUGGCACUGAUUGACCUGGGUCAGAGUAUAGAUAUGAAACUUUUUCCAAAAGGAACUGUAUUUACAGCAAAGUGUGAAACAUCUGGUUUUCAGUGUAUUGAGAUGCUCAGCAACAAACCGUGGAACUACCAGAUUGAUUACUUUGGAGUUGCUGCAACAGUGUACUGCAUGCUUUUUGGCACUUACAUGAAAGUGAAAAAUGAAGGAGGAGUCUGGAAGCCUGAAGGUCUUUUUAGAAGGCUUCCUCAUUUGGAUACGUGGAAUGAAUUCUUUCACAUCAUGUUGAAUAUACCAGACUGUCAUCAUCUUCCAUCUUUGGAUUUGUUAAGGCAAAAGCUGAAGAAUAUAUUUCAACAACACUAUACAAACAAGAUUAAGACUCUACGUAACAGGCUAAUUGUACUGCUCUUAGAGUAUAAGCGUUCUCGAAAAUAAAAUAUGGACACUCCCUAAAAAUCAGUUUAUAAAUGUUCUCCUGCUCACUUUGAAUCUUGAUGUUUCUGCAUUUAUUGUUUGUGUAAAUGUUUGUUAAAAGUAAAGUCUACAAAAUAUA